UGGCCGCCGCCAUGUCGGGGAGGUGUGGAGGUGUCACCGCGCCGGCUCGGGGGCCUGAGGGGCAGAUGAGGCUGCGGCUUCUCGGGGCCGCUGCGCUGGUCUCGGGCAAGGGAUAGCGAAGAACCUUUUCGCUGUCUCCCGUCGUAGUUCCUUCCUGAGGUGCGGGCUGAGGCUGCUCUGCUCGCGGCCGGGGCGCGUCGAGCAAGUGCUUUGCUCCGGCCUCCGCCUCCCCACCGCGGCCCAGUGUCACUGCCGGGGAGGGCACUGCGGCCGUCGGCCCCCUCGGCUCUGGCUCUGUCCAGAGUUUGCAGGUCCCUCCUCAGGCAGGGUGCGGGGAACCCCUAGAGAGGGUGGUUGGCCUACCCCGGCCCGUCCUGCAUCGCCUUGAGGACAGAAAUUUACUGGUGAUUUUUUUUUUUUUUUCCUGGGCUGAGUACCUGAACAGGGCUGGGUGACAGAUUUGAGCUUAAAACGUUCUUAUAGAAAAAGUGCAAGGUGGUGACCAAUGUUUCUGGCCAAGGCAGGUGUAAAAGGGAAGCCGGUAUUAUACAGAAGCCAAAGCAGCAAAACCACACAUAAUACAUAAAUAACACAAAUUGAGAUUGAUCAUGAAGACUUUUUGUGGAAGAGCUAAUCCAACCACUGGUGCAAUGGAGUGGUUAGAAGAGGAUGAGAACUAUGACUACCACCAGGAAAUCGCAAGAUCACGCUACGCAGACAUGCUUCACGAUAAAGACAGAAACACGAAGUAUUACCAAGGUAUUCGUGCUGCAGUGAGCAGAGUAAAAGAGAGAGGUGAAAAAGCAAUUGUCCUAGACAUAGGGACUGGCACGGGACUCCUGUCUAUGAUGGCAGCUUCAGCAGGUGCAGAUUUCUGCUAUGCCAUUGAGGUUUUCAAGCCCAUGGCUAAUGCUGCUGUGAAGAUAGUGGAGAAAAAUGGUUUUCGUGACAAGAUCAAGGUAAUCAACAAGCACUCCACUGAAGUCACAGUUGGCCCAGAUGGAGAUAUGCAAUGUCGUGCAAACAUCCUGGUAACAGAAUUAUUUGAUACAGAGCUGAUAGGAGAAGGAGCUUUACCAACCUAUGAGCAUGCACACAAAUAUCUUGUGCAGGAAGGAUGUGAGGCAGUGCCUCACAGAGCUACAGUGUAUGUCCAAUUAGUGGAAUCCAAAAGAAUGUGGUCGUGGAACAAACUGUUUCCUGUUCAUGUCGAAGCAGAGGAUGGUGAAAAAAUGAUUGUCUCCCCUUCAGAAAUGGAGAACUGUCCAGGUGUUCCUUCUGUUUGUGAUAUCCAGCUGAACCAGAUGCCUUCAAGUGACUUCACUAUCCUUAGUGAUGUGGUGACAAUGUUCAGUGUGGAUUUCAGUAAGCCAGUAAGGAGUGCUUCGACCUACUACAGAGUGCAGCUGGAGCCUAUAAAAUCCGGCAAGGCACAAAUUGUUCUUUCCUGGUGGGAUAUUGACAUGGACCCCUCUGGGAUGAUAAGUUGCACAAUGGCUCCGUACUGGGUAAAAUCCACCUCUGCUUUCCAGUGGAGAGAUCACUGGAUGCAGUGUGUUUAUUUUCUUCCAAAUGAGGAGCCAGUUCUCCAAGGUGAGAAGGUGUACCUGACUGCCUGUCGUGAUCAGUACUCUGUGUGGUAUAAGCUGGAGAAAGCCAGAGGAGAAGAGGAGAAUAAAGCAGAUGUUCAUGUUGAGAGUCCUGUUUGUAGAUGUCAGGCUCAUCUUCUUUGGAAUAGACCGCGCUUCGGGGAAUUAAAUGAUCAGAACCGAACACAGCAAUAUGUCAAGUCUUUGAUGAAAGUUCUGAAAACAGAUAGUGUUUGUCUCUGUAUCAGUGAUGGCAGUCUGCUGCCUGUACUGGCUCACUAUCUUGGAGCAAAGCAGGUGUUUACGUUAGAAAACUCUGCUCUGUCCUGUUCUGUCAUGGAAAAAUUUUUUAAAGCAAAUCAUCUUGAAGAUAAAAUUAAAAUAAUAGAAGCACGUCCUGAGUUGCUGACAUCUUCUCAUUUGGAAGAUAAAAAGAUUUCUGUUCUUGUGGGAGAGCCGUUUUUUACUACAAGUUUGUUGCCGUGGCAUAACCUGUAUUUCUGGUACGCGAGGACAGCUGUGACCAGUCACCUUACCAGCAAUGUCACUGUCCUACCUCAGUCCGCUUCUUUGCACAUGAUGAUUGUGGAGUUUCAGGACUUAUGGAGAAUCCGGAGUCCAUGUGGCACCUGUGAAGGUUUUGAUGUCCAGACUAUGGAUGAUAUGAUUAAUAAUUCUCUGAAUUUUAGGGAAUCCAAGGAAGCAGAACCCCACCCUCUGUGGGAAUAUCCUUGCAAGUCACUCUCUGACCCCCAGAAAGUUUUGACAUUUGACUUCAGAAAGACUGUACCGCAACACUGUCUCAGCACAGAGGGUUCUGUAAAUCUUUUACGGAAAGGAAAGAGCCAUGGAGCAGUUCUGUGGAUGGAAUAUCAUCUUGCUGCUGAUAUCUCUGUUAAUACAGGACUGAUGCAGAUUUCAAAUGAAAAGGGAAACUGUGAAUGGAAUCCCCACUGCAAGCAAGCUGUCUAUUUCUUCAGUUCUGUUAUUGAAUCAGAAACUCUGUCAGACCUUCCUAGUGCUGUCACAUAUGCUAUAAAUUUCGACACAAAAACAGGAGAGAUUGCCAUGGAUUUUAAGCUAUUCAACUUCAGCAAAGUGAAAUGAAUGCCAUAAAGAAGCCAUGAGGGAGCAGGAGCCUACUCUGCUUUGCUUUCUUGGUCACCAUGAUGUAUAAUUCUGGUGAGUAGGAAUUUUUCCUCUUUUUCUUCCUAAGAGUGUGAUCGUAUUUAUAGACCUGGAAGACAUCUGAAAUAGUCCAGAAUUUUUCAAAACUAUUUUCCUGACCAACGUCUUAACACUUAAUAGAUGUAAGGAAGCAAUGAAAUACAUGACUAAUGUUUUUCACUAGAACAGAAACCCUGCAGCUCCUACUGAGAUCUGUGGAUUUCACUUUUCAAAACUCUACUUCUAAGAUGCUUAACUUCAGACUCUCAUUUCUUAGAUACUUCACUGGAAUAUAUAGGUUGCUGUUCAUUAAACAAUUGUUUCUAAUUUUGAUACACAGCUCCUAGCCCACAGAAAGUAUGCUGACACAAAUCUGUCUGUUUUAUGUUGGGAGCAUAAGCUGUGCAAUUGUCAAGGGAACAGUAAUAUGGCCGAGCCUUUUAAAUGGUAAAGGCUUGGCCCUUUUUUUUUUUUUUUUUUUUUUUUUUUUUUAAAUAAAGGCACAGAGACAGUUGUGCAAAUCUGAACGCAUAAGACUUGUAUUGUAUAGCUUCUCUUCUGGAGGAGAUAACGCAGCAGAAAAACAGAUGCUGUGUUUGUUCGUGGCUGGACACAGAAAGCAUGAGCUGCUGUUCUUGUUCUGUAGUAGGAAUAGCUUUGCACAAAUGAUUCUGGAUCUUAUGGAAGCACACAGUGUUCCAAAGGGAACACAGAACUAACAGCAAUAUAUGAGAAUUUAUAUGCUUGAAAAAUAAAAGUAAGAUAGAACAAAACCACACCUGAAUUUACAGUAUUUUAAUGUAAAUGUAUAUGCAUGUGCCUGAAUUGUACUUCCUAAGAAAAAAUAAAAUGGGAUAAAUUUGCUAGAAUGCCAAAGGGAAGAAAUCCACAUUGAUGGGAAUUUGUAUUUUGUUAUCAGUAUUAUGUAUGUUGAUGAUACAUGGGCACUGUGGUAGUUAUUAGGCACAGUGACUGAGAGGUAUCCUUUUUGAACCCUUUGGGUAUUGUGAGACUUGGGACUAUUGAAUAUCUCAGAGGAGUGUAGUGAAAGUGAAGGGCGAAGGAUAGAUGUAGUCGCUAGCUUAUCUGCAGAACUGUGCUGCUAGAACCGAACUGUGGCAAUUAAUAUGAAUCAUAUUAUCUGCAUGUGAGGAAAAACAUCUUAAAUUGCAAUAUACCUGGAGUGGUAAUUGUAUUGCUGCUAUCCAGAAAAAUAAAAAGACUGGAACGCUGGAACGCAGACCAUAUUUUAGCGUCUGUGGGUUCCUUAGAGGAACAAAAUCUGAUGGAUGUGCUCAGGAAACCUUGUGCAUGUUUUAAUUCACUGUAAGUGUGAUCAACAUUGCUAGUAGUUGCUGGUUAUGCUUAUGUAUUUAGACAGGCAUGGAAACUGCUUUCAGGAUUUGGUUAAAACAUGCUAGAAGCCAUUGUGUUGAAGCAAAUCCUUACCAUGCGUAUAGUUUGAAUGUUUUCACGUAAGUCACACCACUUAUUAAAUUCUGGUACAUACAAAACAUGGCUGUGUUGAUACAAAUCUGGGUGACUUGGGGAAAGAUUUGUUCACAUGUGACUAGGAGUAUUUAGUGUAGGCAUCAGUCUUUCUUGGCUUCUAUGAAUUCUUCAGGUUGGAUUUAAAAACCUAGUGUGAUCUGUAAAUUGUGUGGAAACCAGCUGCUUAUGGGGAUACUGGCCAAUCCUUACACACAUGCAAAACCAAACCAAAGGUACUUUUAUCUCUGUCCUCUCCCACAGGGCAUUUUACUGCAAGCACACACAUGGGGGAGGAAAGCCACUUUAUCAGAAAAACACAUCUCUACCCAGUGGCAGCAUUCAGACUCCUGUUUGUUCCCAGACCUGUCAGAAGCGUUGCGAUGAUGUGCCGAGUUGUAAGAGCUUCUGGCUACUGGCAUCUUAAUAAGCUGAGCAAGAAUCCUAUUUUCUCUUGGAAGGAACUUAUUCUGUGCAGCCACCACAGGCAUUUUUUUUCUAAAUGACAACAGAUUUGAUCCUGACUAGGCCUGCAGGCAUAGAUGCAUGUUUUAAUAGAAACAGGAUCCCCUGCCACCACUGAACUAAUAGUAUUAGAGUUCAUAUAUUGCAUGAGAGCCAGUGUACAACUGGCAGAUUUUUUAAUGUGGUCCAAGAGACACUUGCACUAAAGAUGCAGGUUUUAUUCAGGUAUUAAAAAUAAUCGUAAACUACAGAGUUUUGCCAUGCACAUUUAACUUCCCUUGUGUAGUUUUGCUGCAAAAAUAACUUAUCUGUAGCUCUGAACUGUAGUGAAAGUUUUACUAGGUAGUUACCACAGCAUAAAUCCACAAGAGGGUGCUGAGAAUCCACUUUUAAAUUUUUAGUGCACUUUCAGAUCAUGUUUACUUCUAGUAAGGACUUGCAGUGCAGCUAUCUCAUGUGCAAAUAAAAUGCUUGUGAUGUUAUAAGAUACACUGUAAAUACAUGCACUGAAAUGGAAAGCUAGCACAAAAAGUGACAACUGCUAGUAGGACUAAUAGGGAUUUGCACCUACCGUAAAAAAACAAGCAGGCAGCAAAGUUUCUCAUGCCAAAUACACAGUAUGAAUAAUGCUUUUAGGACAGUAAAGUUGUCACAGCCAUAAUGAAGGACAAGUCUUGCAUUUAAUUUAAAGGGUGCUUUCUGAGUCGUGACAGCUGCAAGAUUUGUUCCAUCAUUUGGAAACUGGGUAUCUUUUGUCUGGAGGCUGGGCAAUUCGAGGACUGAGAUCCCGGAGCUUGCUUUUCUCCUUCAUUAGACCCUUUGAAACUGCUCUGUGUAGGCUUCCUGCAUUUAACAAGAUAAAGUGUGUAGUUCAGGACUAAUUCAUUUAGUCACUCAUCUUUUGUAUUCUAUUUGUAGUUACAGCUGGUUGUUAGGAUGGAGAAGACUAUUACAGCUUCCUAGUGUUAGAUUUUUCCAGUGACGAUUGUGGGCUGAAUACAAUGGGUGCUUGUGUUGUCAUUCUGCCUUACUGACUCUUAUGGCAUUGCAAAAUGUUAAUUUGCUUUGGUACUUAAUCAUUUUAAAACUUCACAUUUCCAAGCAUUUAAUGCAGAUUAAUGAUUAAGACUUUUCUCGGAGAGAGGUAUGUGUUGUUAUCCCCAUUUUUCAGAUGAGGAAAAAACUAAGUGUGCUCUGUGUGGGUGUUCAAGUGUUUCAUCUGCCUCAGGCUCACUAUAAGAUCAGGGCCUCAGAGCUAAAAAUUACUUGCUC